AUGAACGCUCGAACACAGCCUUUGACACCUACGAGCUCCUAUUCGGGCGAAACGCUCGUUGGCGAUGAGUCUCCGCCAUCUCCAUGGUCUCCCAGAUACAGUGUCGCCUCAACACUGGUGGAUGAACCCGGGCAUGGUCCCGACGUGGGGUCGGCAGACCCGGCGACGAGCUUACUGGCCGUCCGUGCGUGGCUUAGGUCGUCUUCAGCUGGCCAUUCACCGUCCGAAGCUCUCCGCCCCGAUGACUCCGGCGUCCACACGGACACGGCAGACGCCAGUCCGAGUAGCCCUGGGGCGGAAGAAGAGCAGCGGGAAAACCCAUUGACGCCGGCGAGCUCAACAUCAGACAGUACCUUGGUCGGCUCUCCCACCGACUCGUGGUCCUCCGGCCAAGCGACGAUUCACUCGUCAGCCGAGGACGACUUGAUUGAAUCCGUCAGAAGCCACCGCCUGGAGCAAGUCGAAGUUCUCUGUCAUGCUGGUGUUUCACUGUCUGCUGCCAAUUCCGAGGUCCUCUGCGACGCUUGUCUCCACGGCACGCAGAUGAUCGGCACGCUAGCUUACAAUCCCGCCCACAACUUCGCAGGCAGAGUUGCCAAUGCGUACCGUGACUAUAUCUUCCAUGCAGUGCUCAGAACGCCAGCUCGUGACUUUUACCAGGACAAUACCGCCUACCAGCAGCCCGGGCGCGUACGGAAGAUGGACGUAGUCUGCGACCUACUCACCCGAGGAGUGGAUCUCAGCUUGCGCGACAGGAUUGGAGACACAAUUCUACACACCGUGUGUGGCGAUCUUGGCCCGCCCGACCUAGACAACGAGACUGAAGGGUACCCGUUCCUCAAACUCUUUCUUGGGCGUGGUGACGAUGGCCACGGAGAAGGCGUCAGAGGCGCGUGCAUGUCUCUGAUCAACGCACAGAACAGCGGGUGGAUCAACGAGGAAGGCCAACAACAGACAUUCUGGCAUACGCCUCUGGGUGUCGCGAUUCUGUAUAACAACCUCGCGUGCGCCAGACUGUUAUUGGAGAACGGGGCUGAUCCGAACAUACCUGGAGAGUGGGGCGAGCCGCCCGUUUACUUUGCUGUGCGCAACGACAGCCUCGCGGCCGUGAAUUUGCUCCUCGACGCUGGUGCCGAAGUCACCGUUAAGACGCACUCGCAGAUCCGCUCCAACCAGGUCCAGGCUGCACUUCGGUCUCGAGGUAGGGCUGGGUAA